ACGGGAGCCCGGCAGCAGAGACCGGCUGGGCUGGCACUCAACCUCGACCCACCUGCCCUGUAAUGGUAGUCUAUCCGUAGUAGAUUCCAGGUUCCCCAGGGCAUGUAGGCAGAGUUAGCGGCUGCCAAGUGUUCAGAGUCACAGAGCUCCAGGUACUCUGGGACCUUCUCUAUCUGCGGUGCUCUUUAGCUCCUGCGGAGAUGCCCAACUGACAGGAGAGCCAGUGAGGAUAAGAACGCUCCCUUUCGACCCAAGUCUACUGCACCCAUGGCUCUGCCGGCCAGUCUGUUGCCCCUGUGCUGCCUGGCACUUCUGGCACUGUCUGUCCAGAGCUGCGGGCCGGGCCGAGGACCGGUUGGCCGGCGGCGUUACGUGCGCAAGCAACUUGUGCCUCUGCUGUACAAGCAGUUUGUGCCUAGUAUGCCUGAGCGGACCCUGGGCGCGAGUGGGCCAGCGGAGGGGAGGGUAACAAGGGGGUCGGAGCGCUUCCGGGACCUCGUACCCAACUACAACCCCGACAUAAUCUUCAAGGAUGAGGAGAACAGCGGCGCUGACCGCCUGAUGACAGAGCGUUGCAAAGAGCGAGUGAAUGCUCUAGCCAUCGCGGUGAUAAACAUGUGGCCCGGAGUACGCCUACGUGUGACUGAAGGCUGGGACGAGGACGGCCACCACGCACAGGACUCACUCCACUACGAAGGCCGUGCCUUGGAUAUCACCACGUCUGACCGUGACCGUAAUAAGUAUGGUUUGUUGGCGCGCUUAGCUGUGGAAGCCGGAUUCGACUGGGUCUACUACGAGUCCCGCAACCACAUCCACGUGUCGGUCAAAGCCGAUAACUCACUGGCGGUCCGAGCCGGAGGCUGUUUUCCGGGAAAUGCCACAGUGCGCUUGAGGAGCGGCGAACGGAAGGGGCUGAGGGAACUCCAUCGUGGUGACUGGGUACUGGCCGCUGAUGCAGCGGGCCGAGUGGUACCCACGCCAGUGCUGCUCUUCCUGGACCGGGACCUGCAGCGCCGCGCCUCGUUCGUGGCUGUGGAGACCGAGCGUCCUCCGCGCAAACUGUUGCUCACACCCUGGCAUCUGGUGUUCGCCGCUCGCGGACCAGCGCCUGCUCCAGGUGACUUUGCACCGGUGUUCGCGCGCCGCUUACGCGCUGGGGACUCGGUGCUGGCUCCCGGCGGGGACGCGCUCCGGCCGGCGCGUGUAGCCCGCGUGGCGCGCGAGGAAGCCGUGGGCGUGUUCGCACCGCUCACUGCGCACGGGACGCUGCUGGUCAACGACGUCCUCGCCUCCUGCUACGCGGUUCUAGAGAGUCACCAGUGGGCCCACCGCGCCUUUGCCCCUUUGCGUCUGCUGCACGCGCUGGGGGCGCUGCUCCCCGGGGGUGCAGUCCAGCCAACUGGCAUGCAUUGGUACUCUCGCCUCCUUUACCGUUUGGCGGAGGAGUUGAUGGGCUGAGCUUCCAAGGACAGAAGUCCUUCAGACUCUGCGCAAAACCGAAGCCCCAAGACCUGCUAGCUGAGAUCUGGGGAUGUGGGCAGCAGGUGAUGCUGAUUGGGAGAGGGGUUGAGAAAGGAAGAGAAAAAGUUGAGCUGUGGUAGGAACUUCUUGGUUUAGGCAACUUCUAACUGAGAGGAGUGGUACCCGGUCCUUGAUAAUUGGGUUUGCAAGUAGGCACUCUUUAACGAGGGCUUUUUUGCGUCUUCCCCAGUCGUACUGGAUAAUUUUAUUUUCUAUUUAUAAUUUGUAAUAUGAUGUCCAGCUUGCCCAGCCCACCAAGGUGAGGACCUGGAGCGUGGCUUUAACACUGUCUGACCCAGCCUGCCAACUUGAAGGCUCACACUCUCACUUUUCCCUGCAGGUGGGUUAAUAAAGGGAAGGCUUAUUGGAAACCGCCUUCACUUGGGUGAUUCACCUGCAAAGAGGAGGAGAACCAGGACUAAUCAGGUCCACGCCUUACUUCCAACUCACCCCUCUUCCUCAGCAGGAUCUUCCAAACCCUCUUGCUGCAAAGGGUGUCCCAACCUGUCAGCAAUAGACCAGCAAUGUCCUGCCCUUUUUAAGGUACUGGUUCCACCCCCAGCCGGGACCAGAACUUCGAUUAUGAUGAUACAUUACCAACUUGAGUGGGGUGAGAUUUACUGAGGCAGCAUGAAGGCUGAUGCUCAACCCAUUUGGAGCCUUCUAUUGUUAGCUAUUUGGGCCUAACCCUGUAGGAUGUGGAUCAGCCCAGUAAUCAUCCUGCCUGCUGAAGCAGUCUGAUUAUUUUCUGAGAUUUUGGUAGGCCAACUAAUGAACCAUGGGUGUUCCUUACAAUCCACCAUAGAUUUGUGGCCAAAAUAAAGAUCCUAGAGUGAUCACAAA